AGCGUCUUGAUACAAACCCAUGUUGGUGAAGUCAUGUUGAGCAGAGUUGGUAAAAACCUGGAAGGAGUGCGAGCUCAGAAGGUGUCAGUGGAUCUGUUUGUGUUCUGGCCUGGGUUCAGACUGUGCUGCAUCUUUGGAAGCCUCAAUUUAUUUUUGGCAUCUUGACAUUAGAGCUGUGCAAAAGCAGUGGCCUCACAAAACUGCCACAACACAGGUUUGAACAUCUGAGAGCUUUAAGAAGACACUGAAGUAAAUAUGGAAAACUUUCCUGAAAGGGACUGACGAGCACCGCACAUGCAGCACCACAUCAGUAUGACCAAAGAGGAGGAGAUCCCUGACUGGGAGGGAGGCCAGGAGUUCUACGAGAAGUAUGAACCCAAAGAGAUUCUGGGAAGGGGGGUGAGUAGCGUGGUACGCCGCUGUGUCAACAAGCAAACUUUUCAGGAGUACGCUGUGAAGAUCAUCGACAUCACCCCCUCAGACAAGAUGUCUCAGGAAGAGAUAAAGGACCUCAGAGAGGCAACAGUGAAGGAGAUUGAGAUCCUCAAAAAAGUCUGCGGAGUGGACAACAUCAUACAGCUCAAAGACUGCUACUGGUCAAAUGCCUUCUUCUUUCUGGUCUUCGACCUGAUGAGGAGAGGAGAACUUUUUGACUACCUCACAGAGAAAGUUACUCUGAGUGAGAAAGAAACCAGGAUGAUCAUGCGUGCUUUGCUGAAGGUGGUCCAGUUUCUUCACAGCCAGAACAUUGUCCACAGAGACCUGAAGCCCGAAAACACUUUAGAUGACGAGAUGAACAUCAAGCUGACUGACUUUGGUUUUGCUGUGCAGGUUCAAGCAGAAAAGAAGCUCAAAGAGGUGUGUGGGACUCCUGGCUAUCUGGCUCCUGAGAUCAUCGAGUGCUCCAUGGAUGUGGGACACAGAGGAUACGAUCAUGCUGUGGACAUAUGGAGUUCAGGAGUUAUCAUGUACACCCUCCUGGCAGGCUCGCCGCCCUUCUGGCACCGGAAACAGGUUCUGAUGCUGCGUAUGAUUUUGGCAGGAAGGUAUGACUUCUCCUCUCCAGAAUGGAACGACCGCUCAGACACUGUUAAAGAUUUGAUCUCUCGGAUGCUGGUCGUAGACCCCAGUAAGCGCUACACAGCCACCGAGGCUCUGAACCACCCAUUUUUCUCACAGUAUGUCGUGGAUGAAGUACGACAAUUCAGUCCAUACAGACGCUUCAAGGUCAUUUGCAUCACUGUACUCGCUACGAUGCGGAUCUACUGCAGCUACCGUCGUGCCAAGCCUGUCACCAAGGAGGUGAUCAAGAGUGACCCGUAUGCCGUCAAGCCUAUCCGCAAGCUCAUCGACGCCUGCGCCUUCAAGAUGUACGGCCACUGGGUCAAGAAGGGCCAAGCUCAGAACAGAGCAGCACUUUUUGAAAACACUCCAAAGUUCAUCCUGCUGUCGAUAGCAGCUGCUGAAGCGGAGCUGUCGCCGCUCCACACCUGGUGAUACCGUGCCACGUCUUAAAACUGAGGUGGGGAUGUUUGUUUCCUGUGGCGUAUAGCGUUACGUCGAAGAAAUUACCCUUCAAACUGAUGUAAUUUUGUACUUUGUAGUGAAAGACACACUGGAGCCACUCAAAUCAGCUGAAGUGUGAACACAACCGGAGUGAGAAGGAGAACAGCUACAUCAAAACCAGAGAUUGAAGUUUUUUUUGCUUUUCCUCUCUUGAAGCUGCAUGAAAUAACUCCUGGUGUGCUUCCAAGUAUUUUUAAAUAUUCAUAUGAAAGUAUUUUUCAUAAGUGUGACCUCUGACACCUGACAGAAAUCUGAUCCAUCUCAAUGAAAACAGUGCUGGCAGCCACACAGUUACACGACCAGAAUUACCCAUCAAGUACUAGACAAAAACUUCAAAGUGAUUUGAACCCAGUAGCUUUGCAUUUCCAUCAAUGCACUGCAAUUUUCCCCACAAUACAUUAUAAUUUUUGGCACAUACGUUUAUGGGAAAAGACAAGUGCAAUGACAGGCACAGAAGCUGCCCAUUUUUUGAAUGAUUCACCCAAAAUAACCGGUCUGAAAAGAAAACUGUGUGGUCCAAUUGCUUGUGUAAUCCUCAUCUUGUCAUUUCCAAUGUGGUCUGUAUACAAAAUAAUUACAUAUCUCACACCGCUUCUCCAUCACACUUAUU